AUGACUUCUCAACAAUAUAAAGAAGACAACUUGGACGAUAUAUUUAUAUUUCCUAAAGAAGCCAGCCAAGCAUUGAGGAAUGUGUUUAAAUACGGUUCAAAGCAUUCACAACUUAGGGCAUUGACGAUUUUACAACCAUUGAUGGAAAAUUGUGAAAAAAUUCAUCCUUAUGUUGCUUCACACAAAUUUAUCGAUAAACUUAAAAAUCUUGCAUUAUCGUCGAGUACUGACGAUGAAGUUCAUAAGAGAUUGAUGAUUUUAUUUGCUCAAUGGUCAAAUAAUUAUAAAAAAAAACCAGGAAUGGAAAACAUAACAAGUUUACAAUGA